CAACGGAUGACGCGAUCUCUUCGAGCUCUGUACCAACCGGACAUUCCACGCAUCGCCAAGGGUAAACAGCGCUUCGGCUUGCCACAGUGUCGUCUGCUUUUCUCGUUGCUAGCAGACGUUCCUUCCCCGUAAUCGCUUUGAGCUUGAGGCGGACCUUUUUUUUUUCAUCGCUUGUUCGUUGACAACGUACAACCUGCGGUAAGUGGACCACCUAUUGCAAACCCGUGAUGUGGGAAAACGCCUCGCAGCGUGCUACACGGUGAAUUUGUGCUGUUCGUGAAAUGCGCGAGGUGGCGGCGUCGGCGACAGCCUGUGCGCAUUCCUCAUCCUGAAGUUUUGGCCGGUUGUGUUACAGUGAGGGGCCUACAGUGUCCUUCGAUCGUCAACAUGCAUCGCAGACGGCCCCCUGCCAUCCCUCCUCGACCAGUGUUUUCUGCGAAUUAUGGCGGUGCCAGCGCGGGUCCUUCGCGACGUGGAGGCUUCGUGAUCCCUGCGCUCGACGUAACUGACUACGACGAUGAGGACGGCGAAGAGGAGGAGGUGGCAGGAGGAGGAGAGGACGAGGAAGAGGAUGAGGAUGAGCCCUACGACGAAGACGACUACGAGCGCGACAGGUGGCGUUGGCGAAGUCAGGACGACGAACUCGUGCUCGACGAAUACGAACGAGAAGAUGUGCAGCGAAAAACAUUUACAAAGUGGAUCAACUCCCAACUCGCCAAGGCCGACCAGCCUCUUGUCAACGACCUCUUUCAAGACUUUCGAGAUGGAACUAGGCUUCUCACACUGCUGGAAGUUCUCUGUGGACAGCAGCUAAAACGAGAAAGAGGGCACUUGAGAGUUCAUCAUAUCAACAAUGUUAGCAGAGCACUCCAAGCGCUGGAAGCUAACAAUGUAAAGCUUGUCAAUAUAAGCACAAACGACAUAGUUGAUGGCAAUCCAAAGCUCACCUUAGGCCUUAUUUGGAGCAUCAUCCUUCAUUGGCAGGUACAUGGCGUGUUGAAAAGGGCUUCCAGUGAUGUUCAUCAGACGAACUUGGAAAAGACUCUUCUCGCAUGGUGCAGAGAUGUCACCAAAGGGUACAUUGGAGUGGACAUCAGGAAUUUUACAACAAGCUGGAUUGACGGCCUUGCAUUCAAUGCUAUUAUACAUAAAUUCAGGCCUGACUUAUUUGAGUACAAAAGCCUGCUGAACAAAGACCCUAACUCCCGUCUUGAACACGCAUUUCAGUUUGCAGAGAAACAGUUAGGAAUUGAGCGGCUUUUAGAUCCUGAAGAUGUGAACACUCUUCAUCCCGACAAAAAGUCUGUCAUGAUGUAUGUCAUGUGCUUUUUUCAAGUCCUUCACCAGCAAAACAUCCCUUUGCGAAGGGGCAGCUCAUCAGAGUACUCUGACAGUGAAACUACAUUUCGUCAGGACGUUGGGAAGGGUGCCACUCCCCUGCAUGCAUUGAAAGGCAGAGCAGUGGGUGGCUCCAGCUCGACACGCGGAGCCACCACCAAUGUAAUCAGCUACCAGAGCAGCCUGGAAGAAGUGCUCACCUGGUUGCUGGAAGCCGAGGAUCGGCUUCUCAAUUUGCCUCCCAUAGGCAAUACUGUGGCACAAGUGAAGGACCUUUUUCACACGCACGAGGACUUUAUGCUAGAGCUGACGCGAAACCAGGGCCGUGUUGGCGAGGUGCUUCAGGAGGGGCAGCGGGUCAUUCGUGAAGCAGGCAUAUCAGCACAGGAGAAGGAGGAAAUCAAGGUACAAAUGGCAUUGCUCAAUACGCGCUGGGAGAGCCUCAGGCACAGCGCCAUGGACAUGCAAACAAAGCUGCAAGAGGCCCUAAUGAAACUUCAGAAGCAGCAGCAAAAUGCAUUGCGGCAGUGGUUGACUGAGACAGAAGACAGGAUAAGCAGGUUUGGGCCUGUUGGGCCCGACUUGGAAACGGCGAGACAACAACUGGAGCAGCACAAGCAACUGCAAGACGACAUAGAGAAAGAGCAGGCAGUUGUGAACUCUUUGUCAAACAUGGUUGUUGUGGUUGACGAGUCUAGCUCUGACAAUGCGUACUCGGCGUUGGAGGACGAGCUAUUAGCAUUGGGCGAGCGCUGGCAGGCGGUGUGCAACUGGGUGGAAAACUACGGGGCACAGCUGGAGGCCCUGAUGAACGCGCAGCAGAUGCUGAGCACGGAAGAGCCGAGGCUGCAGCAGUGGCUACUGAUGCAGGAAGGUCAGCUUUGCCGCAUGGAGAAGGCCGAUGCCUCGAGGGCCUCAGUGCAGGAGGUGCUGGACAUGGUCAAGUGCCUGCAGGUAUUGGAGCAUGACUUGGAGUAUCACAACAAGCGGCUUGAUCACAUAUCAAACGAAGUCCAGAAGGCGUUGAAGACCCUUGACAAGGGAUCACUAGCUGCCAUAGAGCUGACUCGUAAGCAGGAGCAACUGACACAUCGGUGGGAUGCGCUGCUUCAGAAGAUGGAAAACUUGAGCAGGAAGUUGGCCAAAUGCAGUACAGAGCAGAAAGUGAAGGCAGAAGCUGAAGAAAAGGCCUUUACAUACAGCCUCUUCAAGAAGGAAUCGUAUGGAAAUUCUCCAAGGACUGCAUUGGGAAGAGAGCCCCUUUCUGACUUUGGAGCCAAGAAGCGGCGUCUGGACAGCUGGAAAGUGAAGGAAUGGCAGAGAGCCCUGGAAAACGUCACAGCCUGGCUCGAAAAAGUCGAGAAUCAACUGGGGAUCGAUCCCGAUCGACCACAUUCACAAGAGCAGUUGAAGGCACUGUUUCGAACGCAUGAGUGUCGAAGAGCUUGCAAGCACUUACUGAGGAUGUGGAACGGCAAGUUGCCAUGAACAAAGGAGAAGUAGCCCAGCUUGUUCAGCAAGGCAGAGACGUUGUGGAAGGCCUUGAUGCAGUUGGGGAACAGACCAAGGAAGUUCAGGGAGUGCUGCGGGAAGUCGAGGUUCGCUGGCACGAGGUGCAAAACAUGGUGCAGUCGCAGAGGGAGCACCUGGAAGGGCUGCAUGCUUGCCGCGAGCUCCGGGCCGAAGGGGAUGCACUCGAACGCC